AUGCGAACUUUUAGGAUCUUAAAACAAGAAAUCACAAAUGCUAAACCAACUGUUAAUCGUCAACGUCAAACUUCAGCUGAUGCUUCAAAGUAUCAUGUAAAACCUUCAUCAGCUUUUUGGGAGAAGUUCAGAGAAAAAUUAGUAGUUAAUCCUGAAUUUUCAUCAGGUAUGCCUUUAAAUGAAGUAGUACGAUCACCACCACCUGCAUCAGUUACAACAGUACAAGUUACACCUGCUUCAAAAGCUUCAGAUCCAGCUGAAAAUGAUUACUUCAAAAGAGAUUUUAGAAGAAUGUAUCCUAAACUUCAAAUGAUUGAUCAAACUGAAUUAUCUAAACUUUUGAUCAAUGCACCUCAACAACUCAAGUUUGUAGUAUCCUAUACUUCGAAAAGAUCAUUUUGA